UUUCCACCUCCGUCAUUCCAUCACUUCCCGGCCGGCUCCAGCUUUGCUUCCUCCGCUCGCCUGUCAGAGGAUUCCUCGCUUUACGCUUCUCGACUUCUCGCCGCGCCGCGCAGACGUGAUCUGAGUUGAGUCCGUGACGAUCGACGCUGAGGCCGGUAAAGAUCGAACGGAGAUGGCAGCGGGCAGUGGUGGUGGUGGUGGUGGCUCGCUGCUGCUGCGCGGCUUCCUGUCCCUCUUCUUCCUCCUGUUCCUCCACAUUGGCCACGGCGGCAGCUGCUGCUUCUCGCCCGGCGCUGCCGCGCGGGCGCAGCAGGAGGAGGACGAAGCAGCGGAAGCCGACGGCAAGGUAGUAGGAGGCGGCGGUGGGAGCAACAAGAGGAGGAAGAUAUCGCCGUUGAUCUUCUCCCCGGCAGCGUCGUCCACUGCCGUUACAGCCAGCGACGAUAGCGCCGGAGCCCCGCGCAGGCACGUGUCGUCUCUCGCCGCCAGCCUCCGUCUCUACCUCCACCGCAUCUUCCGCUCCGGGUCGACCGGGACCAAGAAUGGCGGCACCGUCGUCGCGGGAAGGGACGGAGAGGAGGAGGCGGUGGCCACCACCGUGUCUUCGCCGAUUGCCCAGUCGCUGCCGCAUCAGCCUUCGUCGACGUCCGUGGUGCUGUCCACGCCGUCGUCGCCGUGCGCGUGGUCGUCGCCGUUGAUGAUGUCGCCGCUCUCGGUGCGCUCCCUCAGCGCCACCCCGUUCCCGUCGUCGCCGCAGCAGAAGCUGCUGCAGGCGAGCAGGCAGUCGUUCCGGUCGUUCGCCGCCCGCGGCGACGUGUUCCCUUGCAAGGUGUGCGGCGAGGUGCUGGGCAGGCCGCAGCUGCUGGAGCUCCACCAGGCGAUGAAGCACUCCCUGUCGGAGCUCACCCACCUGGACUCCAGCCUCAACAUCAUCCGCAUGAUCUUCCUCGCCGGGUGGAGGCCCGCGGCGUCCGGUGCCGGUGCCGGUGCCGGUGCCGGCGAGGCCCCCGCGGUCCGCCGCGUCCUCAGGAUCCACCACAACCCGCGCGCGCUGGCCCGCUUCGAGGAGUACCGCGACCUGGUCCGCGCCCGGGCCGCCCGGCGCUGCGGCGGCGAGGGCGCCGUGGUGGAGGAGCGCUGCAUCGCGGACGGCAACGAGCGCCUGCGCUUCCACUGCUCCACCAUGCUCUGCUCCCUGGGCGGCGGCGUGUGCGGGAGCCCCUACUGCUGCGUGUGCAGCACCCUGCGGCACGGGUUCGCGGGCAAGCAGGCCGACGUGGACGGCAUCGCCACCUACGCCUCCGCGUGGACCGCGCACGCGUCCCUGCCCGCCGACGUGGAGCGCGAGUUCGCCUUCCUCCAGGUGCGCCGCGCCAUGCUGGUGUGCCGCGUCGUGGCGGGACGCGUCGCCCGGGGCCCCGCGGACGACAAGGUGGCCUACGACUCCAUGGUCCCCGUGCGUGGCGGUGUCGGGGGCGGCACCGGCGACGACGUCGAGCUGCUGGUGUACAACCCCAGAGCAGUGCUCCCGUGCUUCGUCAUCCUCUACAGCAGCAGCUAGUCGGUGGCAUGACACGAGGCGGCCAGCCUGCACGCAGUACUAGUGUAUAGCCUUUCCACUGUUCCUUGCCCCCACCCCCAUCCCCCGUUUGGUGGCUGCGCCAGCGCCGCUCCGCUGCUGUGGUCACCGGUUACGCACCGUGGCACGCUGCAAUCACCAGUGGGCGAUAAUUUGCCGGAUCCGAUCGAAAGCUUGACCAAGUGCUGUGAAUCGUGAUGAUGCGGAGUUGAGCUUGAGCCUACCAUAUGCGAGUGGGACGCGCCAGAACCAUAAUGUCAGUGUUGUGGUUGGCAUGUUUCUUUAGUUGUCACUGUUUGUUGGUCCCCUGUUACAUUACAUUGCACAAUUAUCCUCCUUACUUCUCAUUUGCUGUUGAUCUAUGUUCAUUUUUGCAUCUGUCACUACUCAUUAGAACAGUGGAAAGCUACAAAUCGUUUCGGC